AUGCGUUCCCAAUUCAUUGUUCUACUUGUUGUCGGUCUUGUUGCAUCGACUCAUGCUUAUCAUCUUUCGGAUGCUAAAAAACGUUCAAUUGAGAGUGAUGCUCGUCUUUUCAAUGCUCUCCAAGAUUUCUUUAAUCAAGUUGUUCAUCCACCACUUAAUCAUGUUGUUCAAAGUUUGGCUUUGAUGGGUGCACAAGUUUUAGCUGGUAUCUCUCAAACUGGUAUUCCAACAAUCGGUGGUCGUACAGUUCAUCUAUCCGAACCUCAACUUCGAGGUAUCUUCGAUGAUUUAUGGCAAAAUGUUGUAAAACCACCUAUUGAACAAGCUCUUCAAGGACUUUCACUCAUGGCCGCUCAAGUUCUUGCUGGUGUUGGUACCAAUGGUAUUAACUUGUCAAAUAUCUUUGGUAAACGUGAUUUAAAUGAAGAUGAAGCACGCUUCCUUGAUACACUCACUCAAGUAUUGGGUAAUUUAUUUACUUCAGUCGUUCAAAAACCAUUAGAACAAGCUUUACAAACAUCUGCUUUAAUGGCCGCUCAAGUCCUUGCUGGUAUUGGUACUAAUGGUAUUAAUUUGUCAAAUAUCCUUGGUAAACAAGGUUUAAGUGAAGAUGAAGCACGUUUCCUUGACACAAUCACUCAAGUAUUGGGUAAUUUAUUUACUUCAGUCGUUCAAAAACCAUUAGAACAAGCUUUACAAACAUCUGCUUUGAUGGCCGCUCAAGUUCUUGCUGGUAUUGGUACUAAUGGUAUUAACUUGUCAAAUAUUCUUGGUAAACAAGAUUUAACAACUGCUUUAAUGGCCGCUCAAGUUCUUGCUGGUAUUGGUACUAAUGGUAUUAACUUAUCAAACAUUCUUGGUAGACAAGAUUUAAGUGAACUUGCUGGUCGUCAAGAAGAACUCCGUGGUUUCUUUGAUUCAUUGGGUCAAAAUCUUCUCAAUGGUUUACAAAGUGUUUGGACAAAUGUAAUUCAAGGUCCAGUUGAACAAGCUCUUCAAAGUGGUGCUCUUAUGGCCGCUCAAGUACUCGCUGGUAUUGGUACCACUGGUGUUAAUCUUGGUAAACGUGAAUUGAAUGAUGCUGCUCGGGGAGAACUCGUCGACAAUCUUGUUAACCAUGCCUCUGGUCUCUAUCAAAACCAACUGAAACCUGUAAUUGAAAAUGCACUCAACUCUGCUGUUCUUCAUCUUGCUGGUGUUUUAGCCAACUUUUCCCAAACUGGAAUUGGCCGACGUUAA